AUAUGCAAUUAGACAUUUUUAUCUUUUGAGGAUUAGAAGAGGGUUUCAUACAGAUAGUCUACGAUAGGCACACUGUUUUUCUGAUUUUCCACCGAUAAGCGACGGGCCACGGUACUGGUGACGGCUUAAAGAUAUUGCUCCAAUCGGCUGUCCUGCUUCGGAAUACGACCCCAAGCUCUUUGUCUCGCGUAAUGGAGGUUUCCAACACCGGGCACCUCUCUGAACCUGGCAUGCGCUAAAAAGUGAGAUAGGAUCGCUGGCGUAGGCUCUAUAUUACUCGCUUCGGGUCUUAGAGCUCCGAUGAUUCGGCGGGUGGCUUCGCAAGAAACCGGGCGUCCUUCACCUAAUUUGGCCACUCAGGGUUGCUAUUACCGACUUAACCUAGGUAGCUAGAUAAAUAUCAGACCCCGCUGGCCUUGCACAACGGCUCAACGAACACCUCGAGUACUGUUGUAUCACACCUGGUACCAUGGCGACGACUCUUGAGGGCAAAGUCUUCGCCAUCACCGGUGGUGCUAGUGGGAUCGGGUUCGCGACUGCACAGAUCUUGUCUAGACGAGGCGCAACUGUCUGCAUCGCUGACGUAGACCCGCUCGCCAUCAGCAGGACCGAAGGCUAUUUCACCGAUUUAAGCGCGCCAUUCACGGUGACCAAAGUAGAUGUCUCUAAGAGGAGCGAGGUUGACGCUUGGGUCGAGAGUAUUAUCCAGAGAUACGGCAGACUCGACGGCGCCGCCAAUGUCGCCGGCAUUAUCGGGAAGCAUCACGGCGUACGAGACGUUGCCGACCUGGACGAUGACGAGUGGAAUAAGAUAAUCGCGGUUAACCUUACGGGGACGAUGUAUUGCCUUAGGGCCGAGCUUAGGAAAGUUGUUGAUGGUGGCUCUAUUGUCAACGUCUCCUCCAUUCACGGGCUUCAGGGUUUUGCCAAACACGGGGCUUAUGAUGCCAGCAAGCACGGGGUCGUAGGGCUGACGAAGGCCGCGGCCAAGGAAAAUGGUGCCCGACAAAUCCGAGUGAACGCCGUCGCCCCGGGCGCCAUUUACACCCCACUGAUGGAAAAGAACUGGAAAAUCCACAAUCGGCCAUCCGACGCCCCAUUUGACGACACGGCUGCCUUUGGCAGACAGGGGACAGCUGAGGAAUGCGGACACAUCAUUGCCUUCCUCUUAGGCCCGGAUAGCAAGUAUGUGAGUGGUAGCGUAUACUCUGUCGAUGGCGCAAUGUAGCGUGUACGGCAGAUUCUACCUUCAAAAAACAUUCUCGGGCAGAACCUCGUGGUUUCUUCCAUCCUCCCUAAUAUAUCUCAGCGCCUUAUCCCGAGGCAUGGGCUUGCGCAUGUCGUAAGCAUCCUCGCCAUGGGCCGUUGGAUCAUUGACGUUGUCCCCGUAAUAAUCCUUGACCACGCGAUAUACGCUAUAGCCCAUGCUCUCGUAAAAGGUGAUGGCUCUCGUGUUACUUUUCCUUACAAACAAGUCGACGAACCAGGCAUCCGCGGCCCUGGCGCUAAACUCGAGGUUCUCAGUAAGGAUUUUCCCGAUACCUAGUCGGCGUGCUUCGGGGGCGACGGUGAGAGCGGUGAUGUGCGCGUGCCAUGGCAGGUAGUGCUCUGAGUACUGGAAGUAGUCUGGCGAACUUUCCAGCUUACCCAUGA